AUGAAUGUUGUGCUGGAAACAGUUUUACAUGGAGGAGCUUUCCCAACGUGGCAAAAAAUCUCAUUAACAGAUACGGAGGGAACCAAGUUCGAUUUGUCUAAGGAAAAGCAAUCAUCGGAAUUUGUUCUUGCGGGGAAGUUCUUUACCCGAAGAGCGAUUAACACUGAGGCUUUUGCAAAAACGUUCCGCCCCUUAUGGAGAACACGACGAAACUUUGAGAUAAGGGCAGCCGGCGAUAACAUAGCACUCUUCGCAUUUGAGUUAGAAGCAGAUGUAGAGAAGGUAUUGCAUGGAGAGCCGUGGACGUAUGAUAGGCAUCUGGUGGCGUUAGAACGAUACGAUGGCCUGAAGCCGGCGAAUGAACUCAGUUUUUGCAAAACAGCUUUUUGGAUACAGAUCCAUGACCUCCCUUUCUCUCUAUUGACAAGGGAGGUUGCUUUGAGUUUAAGGGCGACGCUGGGCACAGUGAUCAAACCCGUGGAUAAUUUAGAGAUGCGAGGAGGAAAUUUUGUACGGGUAUGUGUAGUGGUGGAUACCUCAAAGCCAUUAAGCAGGGGGCGGAUGGUGUCAUGGGAUCAAGACAAGGAAGGAUGGGUUUCAUACCGACACAAGAGACUACGAAACCUGUGUUAUUGGUGUGAUAGCCUCACUCACGAUGACAAAGACUGCAUGGUAUGGCUUAACAACGAAGGAAGCCUCUCCAUGGAGGACUAG